GUCGUGUGGGCACCCCGCAAUACAUGGCCCCGGAGGUGAUAGAACGAAGGCCCUAUGGCAAGCCAGUGGACAUGUGGGGCUGUGGUGUGCUGCUGUUCAUUCUCCUUGGGGGCUACCCUCCCUUCUGUGGCACCAAGGAGAGACUCUAUGAGAUGAUUGUCAAAGGCAGCUACCAU